UUGUUUAAUAAGACAAUGCACAAGAAAGAAAGAAAAAACGACAAAUUGCUGUCGUGCCGCUCGUUUGUAUACUUUUUGUCUAGUAACGAUCGUAAGAUCAUCAGCUUGAGGGGAGCUUUUGAGAAAAAAGGAGAGAAAAAUGUGCAAGAAAACCGGUGGCUCGAGAGCCGGAAUAGUCACAGCACGACCAUGCGCGACGCCAGCUCGCACUGGCUUGGCUCGGCCCGCCAGCUCGUCGGCUGUUUCGCCUCUUGCUCGCUGCUCCUCUUCUGCUUCGCCUCACUCUUGCCAAAAUGCGCUCUCGGCGAUCUCCAUUGCCACGUGAAUCUGACCCGAGACGUCGGCGAGACUCUCGUCCUCAGGCCCAACGUCACGGAGUAUCUGUACCCGCGCGUCCAGAAUCCGGCCGCCGUCGAGCUGCAGAAUUUUCGCAGCGAGGUCCGGCUCGUCUGCCCUGGCGGCGAGGAACUCACGGCCCGCGGUCUGCCGCUGGGCCUCGGCACGGCCUAUCUGCGCUGCUCGGGCAACGACACCUUCGCCCUGGCCGGACAGCGGCUGCCCGUGAGAUUCGAGGAGAUCGGCUGCACCAGGGCCUCGAUGCCGCUGGCCCGAUUCCGACGCGUCAAUUGUCCGCCCGGCAUGAGGUGCAUACAGACCGGCUAUCAGCUCAACGUCUUCAACUUUUUGCCCAUCAUGGACGUGGUCUACGAUCCCGAGGCCAAGACGCCCAUCUGGAGCCACGCGAAAAUCGUCGCGGCUGUGCACAGUCAACAGACGAAUUCGGGUAUGUUCGCGUACAGACCAGGUCCUGUGCUGCAAAAUGACACUUUCGACUUGAUGGACGUUUACAGUGCGGAAAAUCAGCGCCGAGUACUCAUGUCCAUGGAUCCACGCAUCAUAUCGGUCAACGAUAUAAUCACGAACAACGAACUCGAUACGGAUUAUCUGGUGGAGAGUCCCCUGAUCUCGAGUCACGAUCUGUAUUACGGUACCCAGCAGAGAAGCACGUAUCUGCAGGAGAAUCUCGUGCCAGUCUGGAAAAGCGUGCACGACGGAAAUUGGAACUACGUGGCCAGCAUAGUUCGCAAAUUGGCCAGCGAUCUAUCCACUGAUCUGGAUGUCUGGUCGGGCGUCAUCGUGAGCCCGCACCAACAACCGACGCCUUCGGCCUUCGGACUGCCGGUUCAGCGCGACAUUUACCUCGGACACGACUCGCGAAAUCGACCGGUGGUGCCUGUGCCCCGUCUGCUCUUCAAGUACGUGUACGAUCGUCGCGGCCAUCGGGGCCUCGUCUUCGUCGUCGUGAACGAGCCCCACAGGUACUCGGAUCGAGUCCUCGGGCCGGGCUACGUCGUCUGCCGACGCCAGGCCGUCUGCGAGAAUCUCUACCCGGACUUUGUCAAGCCGCAGAUGGGCUACACGUACUGCUGCACCAUCGAGGAUUUCAUGGACACCGCCAGGUCUUUGGCUCUGCCGGUUCAUCCCGGCACCGCGUCCAUCGGAGGCUUCAGCAAUGACAUCGUUCGACGAAGCUGACGACUGUUUGUAGUUUAAUUAUGUAAUCGCUUCGGCAUAUUUUAUGGUGAUAAUAAAUUUUGAAUAAUUGUAAAACAUUUCUUACCUCUUCCUGCGGUUGCAAAUUAAAAUAUCUCUUUAAAUGGUAUUUGUUGCCCUUUCACGUAUUUUCAUAAUCGCAAACAAGUAUUUAUUCUUUAGUAAAGAAGUAAAAAAAUUA